AUGAAAACCAAUUUCAAACUUGGUUUAACCUCAUCAAACCAAAGGCAUAGCUUUGAGUAUAGUACACCCAUUGAAUGUAUGUAUAUCCUAAGAAGAACUCACACCAAGAAAGCAAGAAAAUGUCAAAGCUCUUGUGGCAGGAGAAAUCCAAGGGUUUGCAGUGUUUUCACCCUUGGCUGUUGCUUCCUUAUCGUGUGCCCCAAGAGGACACCUGAGCGUGUGAUCAUAGAUGAAAGCCAGGAGACCGACCCCCAGAUUGAGCCAGCUCUGCCACAGAGUUGCUGGGUGACCUUGGGCCUCCGUUUGUCCAUCUGUAAAAUGAAAGGACAGCCUGAACAAUCUUCUAAACGCCUGCCGUCCAGAUUGAUGGCAUGA